AUGGAUAUUACUUACAUUCCUUCUGACUUAUCCAGUUGUGCAAAAUUUGGGAAUAAAUCCUGCCCACCUACCUCCAGACCACUUUCCACUCGAAUCAUAAUGUAUUCAUUCAUGACAGGAGCCAUGUUUAUCACUAUCUUUGGAAACCUUGUUAUAAUGAUUUCCAUAUCUCAUUUCAAACAGCUUCAUUCCCCUACCAACUUCCUGAUUCUCUCCAUGGCAACUACUGACUUUCUGCUGGGAUUUGUCAUUAUGCCUUACAGCAUGGUCAGAUCAGUAGAAAGCUGUUGGUAUUUUGGAGAUGGUUUUUGUAAAUUCCAUGCAAGCUUUGACAUGAUGCUGAGCCUUACUUCCAUUUUCCAUCUCUGUUCUAUUGCAAUUGAUAGGUUUUAUGCUGUCUGCUACCCUUUGCACUAUACCACCAAGAUGACCAUAUCCACAAUAAAGAGACUGCUGGCUUUUUGCUGGUCAGCACCAGCCAUCUUCUCCUUUGGUUUGGUCUUGUCAGAAGCCAACGUCUCAGGCAUGGAGACCUAUGAGAUUCUUGUUGCUUGCUUCAAAUUCUGUGCUCUCACUUUCAACAAGUUCUGGGGAACCAUACUCUUUACUACCUGUUUCUUUACUCCUGGCUCCAUUAUGAUUGGUAUCUAUGGGAAAAUUUUCAUAGUUUCCAAACGACAUGCUAGAGUAAUUAGCAACAUGCCAAAAAAUACAAAAGAAGAUAGUAGAAGAAAUAUCUCUAAGAAAAAAGACAGGAAGGCAGCCAAAACUCUGGGCAUUGUAAUGGGGGUGUUUCUAGCUUGCUGGUUGCCUUGUUUCAUUGCUGUUUUGGUUGACCCAUAUUUAGGCUAUUCUACUCCUAUGGUAGUGCUAGAUCUUUUAGUGUGGCUUGGGUAUUUCAAUUCUACUUGCAAUCCAUUAAUUCAUGGCUUUUUUUACCCUUGGUUUAGAAAUGCACUUAAGUACAUUUUGUCAGGAAAAAUCUUUAGUUCACACUCAGGUACAGCAAAUCUGUUCCCUGAAGCCCAUUAA